GCCACCAAACCAUGGAAAAUCUACCCUGCUGCAGGGGCAGCUGGCUGUGACAGCCCAGGGAGGAGUCGGGCUGGUGUACCGCAGCUGUAAAUUUCCCAGGAGAUCCUGGCCAAGGGGCUGCAACCCUGACCCAGCUGCCCAUGUUGAAGCGAAGAACAGAUUUUGGUCAUCUCCCUGACCACCCAGAGGGACAGAGACUUGAUGAAGAACAUGGCAGGUUCUCAGAAUCCUUCACAUCCAAGCUCUUCGUCAUCCUCCUCUUUCUCCAGCUGCUCACAAUGGGUUCAGCUCAGUUUUUUGUUAUUGGACCUGCUGAGCCCAUCCUGGCUUUGGAGGGGGGAGAUGCUGAAAUCCUCUGUCACCUGAACACUAAGGAAAGCGCUGAGGACAUGGAGGUGAGAUGGUUCCGGUCCCAUCCCUCUAACAUCGUGCAUCUGUAUGAGUACGGAGAAGAACAGUUUGGAAGGCAGAUGGAUGAGUAUCGAGGGAGGACAGAGUUGGUGAAAGACGCCAUAGAUUACGGGAGUGUGGCUGUAAGAAUACGCAAUGUCAGAGUCUCUGAUGAGGGAAAGUAUCACUGCUUUUUCUAUGAUGGCAUUUACGAUGAAGAAGCCACUCUGGAGCUGCAAGUGGUUGCUCCCCUCUUCCCGACAGCUUUCUCCUUGAUGGUGGCCUUGGGUGUGACCCUCCCUGUGCUGGGACUGCUCAUCGCUGGGGGUCUCUAUUAUCUCAUCCGGAAACACCCCAGGGACAAAGAGACACUCCUGAUCAUGCUCAGGCAGACGCUGGUAGAGUUACGCCCCACCAACGUCACUCUCCAUCCAGACACGGCGCAUCGCUAUCUCAUCCUGUCCGAGGAUCGGAAACGGGUGACACUGACAUUCACAUGGCAGGAACUGCCCGACAACCCGGACAGAUUCACUGAUAGUUACUGCGUGCUGGGCCGCGAGCGCUUCAGUUCAGGGAGACAUUGCUGGGAGGUGGAGGUGGGAAGAGCUAAUGUCUGGUAUCUGGGGGUUUGUAUGGAAAAUGUGAGGAGAAAAGGGGCGAUCUCGGAGUCACCUGCAGAUGGAUUCUGGGCUGUGAAGAAAGAUGGAAAUGGAUACUGGGCGCUCACCUCUCCAACCGUCCCUCUCCCUCUGACCACAGCCCCCCUCCGGGUGGUGGUUUACCUGGACUAUGAGGCUGGAGACGUCUCCUUCUAUAGUGGCACUGACGGAUCCCACAUCUACACUUUCCCCCAAGCCGCCUUCUCGGGGACCCUCCUACCUUUCUUCCACCUUCAUGGCUUCUAUGGCUCCCUGACCAUCUGCCCUGUGCCCGGUGGGGCUGGGGAAAACCCCAUUCCUGUCCCUGCCCCCGCCAGAGAGACUCCAAUGACCGCCCCAGGAGUGGGACCAGCCUCAGCCACUGGAGAUGGGGAUCCCCUCCCUGGGGCUGAUGCCCCAUUGCUCGCCGCCCAGCCCAGCUCAGGGGUCCCUCCUGCCCCUUAGGGAGCCGCCUGGCCCCUGCCCUCUGACCCCUGUAUCUCUCCAUCCGCUCCCAGGGCUGCAGCUGCCUAAGUGCCCUCCUUCUCUGCUGUGGAAUGAGUGGGGAGGAAGGAGUGAAUGGGGAAAACAGUGUGAGGAAAAGCCAGCAGGAUUUAGUGGCAGCAUGGAGAAGCAGCAUGGCCCUAUGAUCAAUGGGUCCGAA